GGGGUUGGCAGCCUGUGAGUGGGAACACCUGAGGGCACUACCUUGGAACCCAAAAUCUGGGCUGGCUUUUUUCUUUGGUGCCUGCUUUGCACUGUGGUUAAAGGGAUGAAUUCUGGUGUGAAGCUGUAGUGUGUUAAGUAAGUUUAAUAAGAGCUUCCUGAUGCCCCCCAGCCCCCACUGACUCAGUGAGGAGCAAUGGUGCAGGGCUGAGCUCAUCAGGAGGAUGUCGCUGGGGACUGGGGGACUGGCACUGUGGUUUUCUCCUGCAGUGGGAUGCUCUCAGUCACCCAAAGGCAUCACUUAAUGACCUGCUUGCUCCCCUACCCAGGCUGAACUCGAUGAGCAGCAUUUCCCUGCACAGCAGCCCAAGGAGCAGCAGAUGUUCUGGGUUGUUUUCCAGGCCUCAGCCCAUACUGCUGCUGAACUUCUGACCCAGCACUGAAUGCCAGAACCGCAGGCCUCGGUCGGCCGACAGAGUCCAAGGGUGGUGCCGUACCCAGCCCGCAGCCUAUGUCCUGGAGAGCCUGGCCUUCAGAGUGCAGCAGUUGUGUCAAUGGGCUCAGCUGAUCACCGACUGAACCUCGCAGAGAUCCUCUCGCAGAACUAUGGUGUGCGGGAAGAGAGGGAGGAAGAUGAUGAUGCUCAGGAGAAGCAGAAGUCUUUAGAAGAGCUGGAGAAGAGUUUCAGUGCUUCUCAGAGCAGUGAAAUGCCAUUUGAGGAGCUGCUUGCACUGUAUGGCUAUGAGGCCUCUGACCCCAUCUCCGAGCAGGACAGUGAGAGCAAUGAUAUUACUCCAAAUCUACCUGAUAUGACUCUGGAUAAGGAACAAAUAGCGAAGGAUUUGCUUUCAGGGGAAGAAGAGGAGGAGACCCAGUCCUCAGCUGAUGAUCUGACUCCAUCCGUCACCUCCCACGAUGCUUCGGACCUGUUUCCCAACCAGCAUGGCUCAAACAACUUCCUUGCUGAUGAAGACAAAGAGCCCUGUUCAUCUCCAUGUGCUUCCUCCAUGGCUGAGGACUCAGAGGAGGAUUCCAUCCCAUCCAAUGAGUGUAAGAAGGAGAUCAUGGUUGGACCUCAGUACCAAGCUGCUGUUCCCAUCCUCCACUUAAGCAGGCACGGUGAAAAAGCCUAUGAGAAUGAAGAUCAACUACUUUGGGACCCAAACAUCCUCCCGGAGAGAGAGGUGGAGGAGUUCCUGUACCGCGCGGUGAAGCGGCGCUGGGAUGAGCUGUCCAGCAGCAGCCUGCCAGAAGGGGAGAUGGUGAAGGAUAAUGAGCAGGCUUUGUAUGAGCUGGUCAAAUGCAACUUCAAUGCAGAAGAGGCUCUGCGGAGGCUACGAUUCAACGUGAAGGUGAUCAGAGGUGAGAACCCUUCCACCUUUGGGCUCCACAGCAAACCUCAAGGCAGAGGGGACACUUUAAUUUGGAUUCUCUGCAUCUCCCCCUUCAUCUUCCUUUCUGCUGUAGAUGAACUUUGUGCCUGGAGUGAGGAGGAGUGUAGAAAUUUUGAGCAUGGCUUCAGGGUCCAUGGGAAAAACUUCCACCUGAUCCAAGCCAACAAGGUGCGCACUCGGUCGGUUGGGGAGUGUGUGGAGUACUACUACAUGUGGAAGAAGUCGGAGCGCUACGACUACUUCACUCAGCAGACUCGUUUAGGAAGGAAGAAGUACGUCCUCCACCCUGGAGCCACGGACUACACUGACAACGACCUGGAUGGGGGGGAGGUGGAGCCCAGCAGUCGGUCUCGGAGCUCCCCACCAAUUCCCUCUGCCACUGGCUGCCUGGAUUCCCACUUUGGGCAGGACCAGAUAGCAAUAGAGAGCACAGAACCUCUGAGCGUGGAGAGCACAGCCUGCAGCCUGGGCAGCAUCAGCGAGUCGGGGCAGGGCUACGAGUGCAGCACUCCCUCGGAGACCAACUGCUCCUUCGACCCCACGGAGGAGACCUCCUCGGCUGCCGCUUCGGCUCCCUGCCCGCGGCACGGCGCCGGCGCCCCCUCGGAGCCAGCGCUCUACGCUUUGCCACCAGCAGGGCCAGGACUGGCAGAGAAGCAGGAGACGUUGCAGAGCUCUGGUGAGACGAUAAGCAUGGACUUCCCUCUGCCUGCAGACAUUAACGAGGGUUUGCCUUUAAUUGCUGGCCCUGUGGAUUUGGACAGAGACCCAGAGGUGGCUCCUGCGCAAGUGUCCUUAGCGGUCACAGAGUUUGGCCUCAUUGGCAUUGGGGAUGUAAAUAGUUUCCUGACUGCUCACCAGGCUUGCCCAGCACCUGUGGCUCGCUCAGAGCCUUUGUCACAGUGAGAGUCUCCGGUCACAAACUUGUCACAGACCCACCGAGGACUUGGACCUGACUUGAGUGAAAUCCUGGGACUUCCACUGUUCCAUAGAGACAGUUUGGAGCUGUUGGUCAGAAUCUGUCUUUCCAUCCUCCUUGUUCCAAGGCUGCAGUGAAACCAAGCACCUCCCUGCUCCAGCGUGCUCUGGCACGGCCCCACACGGCUGGUGGCUGGCUGUAGGGAGCAGGGGGAGCUCCAUCACCCCCUCUUGUCUUGGCCGUGUGUCACCCCAGGUGAUGCCAAGCUCCUUGGAGAGGCCUUGCCUCGGGACAGGGAAAAUGUCCCUGGGCCACAGUGGGGAUGGAGAUGCAUCACUUCAGGGGCUGGGCUGCAGGAUGCAGCCUGGAGGUCCAAGAGCUGGGAGAGCACACAGGGAGCAUGGUCCCCACCCUGGCUGUGGGGUGGUUUGAGGGCACAGCGGUGCCAAAAGGACGGUGAAGGCUCUUGGCCCCUCAGCCACAGGCAAGAGUGUGCAGCAGAAGUUGUUCUCCACCCUUCCCCCACAGCCACUCUGCCCUGCAGAGCUGUGGAGCAGGAACCUGGUGCAAGGCUGCUGCCCAGCCCCUCGCAGCUCUGCCCUCAGCUGCAGAGUCUGGCCCAGUCAUGAGCACCAGGGCCUGGGUAAGGGCACAGUGUGGUGUGGUAGCUCUGUGUGCACCUGGGGCCCUCUCACCUUCCCUCACCGUGCUGGGCCAUGGGAGAGCUGCUCCUGAGAGGAAAAGGAAGUUCUAAGCCCACAAAGUGAUGCUGGCCCCAGAGUGGUGGAGUUCCUGGUGGGGAAUGGUUUGAUCCUUGCUGACCACUGCAGUGCUGAAAUGCAGAGGGAAGAAGCCUCUAACUGCCCAGCUUGUUGAGUGUCAGCUGUGGCAGGAGGUCACCACCUAGCCCCCAGCACAGCCACAUUGAGGACAGCAGUGCUAGCACUGAGCCCCAGGCAGGAGGACAUCUACUGGUCCUGGUCAUCCUGGCCCCUUUCUGCCUCGACAGGAGCUGUUUGCUGAGAGGAAAGCAACUGCCACCAGCAGUGCUGCCAGGGAAGUGACAAGAGUUGGCCCCCACAUGGCAGUGAGUGGCCAGCAGCUGUGCAGGGAGGCACAUUGGUGGCUGUGCUGGAGUCUGGAGCUGCUGCAGGUCUGGGGUUUUCCACUGGCUCAGAUCCACACCCUGCCAUUCCUUGGUUUUGUUUUUCCAUGCUGGGAAUGCUGCCUGGGCAGGGCUUUGAUGCAGAUGUUCCUUCCCUUCCUCCAGCCAUCUUCUGCCCAUGGGAAGGGAGUUUAGGUUGAGGGUUUUUAGCUCCAGCUGUGACCCUGCAGCUGGUGGCUGUGGAAGGUGACUCAAGCCACCAGCACAUAUCCUCUUUCCACCAGCCCUGUGAAGCUGUGCUCAAGCUCUGCAGCCACACAGAGGGGCCAGGCCAGGCCCUGGCCCUCCUCUCCCAGAGCCAUUCAGCAGGCAUUAGCAGGGUUUGCUUCUGUCCCCAGCCAGCUCUGCUCAGAGGUGCUGAGCUCAGGGCACAGGAGAUGCCCUGACCAGGUGGCAUUUUUGUCACCCAGGCAGACAGGGCCACACUGGAGGUCUCCCAAUUCCUGGAAGUGGAAAACAAAGAUGAGUUCCUGCUCCAUAGUGGAACUGCCCAGGCUGCAAUUUCCCAUUUCUGGGGAAGAGAGGAAGCUCCUUGGCUGGAAGGAGAAGAGGAGGCAGGAUCAAGACACAGGCAACCCUCCCAGGGAGGGUCAGGCCUUGGCAGCUUCUUUCCAGCAGCCAAGAACCAUUCUUUAGUUUUUCUGAAACCAUUCUUUUGGAAUCUUGUUUUUAUAGCUCCUUUGGUUUGUUUUCAAGCCCCAAUGAAAGGAGAGGAGGAGAAGAAGCUGGGGUGGGGGGUAAGGGGGGGGGGGGGGAAGCAGAAAUCUCCCAUAUUUAUGUUCUUCAGUGUUUACAUUGGGGUCUUUCACCAUGAGUGUGGAGCUUUUCCCACCUAACUUUAUGGGAGAGGGAGUGGAAAGAGGCUGGGACAGGGAGGGGAGAAGUCACCCUGGGGGAGGAGGUUUGGGUUGGUUAUCUUUUGGUUGGUUUUGGUUAUCUUUUGGUUGGUUUUGGUUAUCUUUUGGUUGGGGUUUGUUUGGUUUGGUUUUUUUUUGGUUGGGGGUUUUCUUUUUUCCUCCUUACAAAGCACAUUCACUUUGAGCCACUCCCAAUGCUGGACUCUUUCCCCUCUUUCCUCCCUCCUCCUCCUCCUCCCUUCAAAAGCCCUACACUGUGAAGUGAAACUGCCUUGAAGACCCCUCGCCGUUAUUUAUUUAAUUAAAAAACUCAUUUGGAAGUGAGACAGAAAAA